GUAACUCUGCUGUCCUUCAAAGUGGAGUCCGAGUAUACCUUUGUGGAUUUCAUCCGAGGAGGAACACAACUGAACUUCACAGUGGCUAUAGACUUCACAGCAUCCAAUGGUAACCCCUCCCAGCCCACCUCCCUCCACUAUAUGAGUCCCUACCAAAUGAAUGCAUAUGCCAUGGCCCUGAAAGCAGUAGGUGAGAUUAUCCAGGACUACGACAGUGACAAGCUCUUUCCUGCCUACGGUUUUGGUGCUAAGCUGCCCCCUGACGGCAAAAUCUCCCACGCCUUCCCACUGAGUGGUGACAACGAGAAUCCAAACUGUGUGGGCAUAGAGGGCGUUCUGGAGGCUUAUUUCCAGAGCCUGAGGACGGUGCAGUUAUAUGGACCCACCAACUUUGCACCUGUCAUUAACAAAGUGGCAAACCAUGGAGGAGCUGGAUGGAGAUGAGGUGAGAGUGUCCUCCAGAGGACGCCUUGCUGAGCGAGACAUUGUACAGUUUGUUCCAUUCAGAGACUACAUCGACAGAUCUGGCAACCAGGUCCUGAGCAUGGCCCGGCUGGCUAAGGAUGUCCUCGCCGAGAUCCCCGACCAGCUGCUGUCUUUUAUGAAGAGCCGAGGAGUUGAACCGCGACCAGCCCUCUCCUCCUCACCACUGCCGGAGCUACACCGGCAUAUCUGACCCCGACACAGUUGCUCGACUUUGCCUCU